GGAAAAUAUGAAUAAUGAAUGCGAUGCGGGUUUAAAUUGCUAAUCACAAAUAAAUAAAGAAAUAUCAAAUUAAUACAUGUAAAAAUCUAUAAAUUAAAUUUUGAUAACCGGAUUAGACUGAGAACAUUGAACGAAGAAGGUUAUUGGUCUGGAGUACUUUUGGAGUUUUAAAUAAUGUUCCUAACCAACAUAUUAUUAAAGAAAACCAAAAGCAAAUUCAUCAUGGUAUUGAUGGAGAGUGUGGUGUCGGGGCACAAAUUCACCGCCAGAAGAGAGAGACUUGGCGAUAAACUUGAACUUCUACGAUUUGAUCCUUAUAUUCAAAACGAGAGUUUGUACAAGGAAAGAAAGAAGAUUAGAAGUUUCAAGUAAAUUUUUAUUACCUAGUUGUAAAUAAUG